AUGAUUAAAAUUACAUUAUUUUAUUUAUUUUAUUUUAUAUUCUGUUUCAUUGGAUCAUCUAUGGAGUCUACAGUUCCGAAAAGAUUUACUAGGGAAUCAAUUUCCAUUCAAAUCGACCUAGCUUUGAGAGUUGCAGAUAAACUUAAAAAGAACGUUUACGUCUAUGACAAUGAUGAGUUCUUUGCUACGGGGUUUGAAAUGGAAAUUGUUGAUAACAUCCGCGUUAAGACAAAGAAAGGUAGCUACGCGGUAUUGUCACAGGCUGCCCAGGCAGUUUUUGCUAAUGACCAACAUUAUCGGCAAUAUGCCGACAAACCCCUCUGUGAUAACAGAACAGGACUUUAUGUCCAAGCAACCUCCAAACCGGCCAAUACCGGAUGA